CCGUAUAACGUUUCUUUGGACAACCAUCAUCUCCAUUACACUAUUCCGUCUUUCUUCCUCAUUAACUAACUAAAAUAAAAUAAAAUAAAAUAAUUGCCGUAUAACGUUUCCUUGCACACAAAUUCUUCCAUCUCCGCCGUUGGCAAUUUCUUAGUUAGGCAAGAAAAGGCCAAGGAUGAUGAUCAGUUCUUGGCAUAACACACACAAAUAUUAGAGACAUUUGGAUUGAUUUAGAUGGAAAGUAUACUGGGAUGGAGGUGGCUAUGGUUGAGAAUUGAAGGGAUAAUAACAAGAUAAGACUUCAAAAGAAGGCAGUCCAGGAAGAAGAUCCCAUGCAACAAGGCCAUGGAUGUUGUACCUGGUUCAGUAGGGACGAGUGCCAGCUUCUCUUUGAGAUUGGGCCAGACCAUCUUCUCUUCCGCUUCUCUUCUUUUCAUGUCUCUGGGUGUUGAAUUCUACACCUACACUGCUUUCUGCUACUUGGUUACAAUCAUGGGUUUGACUAUUCCAUGGAGUUUCACACUGGCAAUAGUUGAUGGAUACUCUGUUCUGGUCAAAUGUCCUGUUCGACAACCGGGAAUACUUCUGAUUAUUGUCCUUGGAGAUUGGGUCUUAUCAACUCUAACAUUAGCUGCAGCAUGCUCAACAGCUAGUGUUGUGGAUCUCCUGCUCCACUCUGAUGGAUCCUAUUGCCCUCCAAAGUUUUGCAGCAGGUAUCAAAUAUCGGCUGCCAUGGCUUUCUUGUCUUGGUUUCUGUCUAUGGCUUCAUCUCUUUUCAAUCUUUGGUUACUCCCGUCUUUGUGAUUUUUCACCCACUGUUCAAAAGAAAAUUUUUGUGAUUGGUGUAAGAUUGUUAAUGAUAUAUAUAUAAAAAAUCCAAGUUCUGUA